UCGUCCAGUCAAUCAUUUACAGCAUAACCAUUUCUUCUGCCUUCGACUGAGAAAAGUGGUAUGCCCCGUGUUACUCGGUAAGCAGGAGAGGGAGGGUCAACAUGGCGUCUGAGCAGGAGAGUUCCAAUGGGCCCGUGAAGAAGUCCAUGCGAGAGAAGGCUAUAGAAAGACGCACAAUUAACAAGGAACACAACAGUAACUUCAAAGCAGGCUAUGUACCUAUAGAAGAAGAACGCCUUCAUAAGACAGGGCUGAGAGGACGCAAGGGAAACAUGGCUGUUUGCAUCGUUGUCCUCCUCUUCCUCCUCGCCUUAAUUAACCUCAUUAUCACUCUGGUAAUAUGGACAGUGAUCCGCAUUGGUCCGCAUGGGUGCGACAGUAUGGAGUUCCAUGAGACGGGCCUGCUGCGCUUCAAACAGAAGGCGGACAUGGGCAUCGUUCACCCACUGCACAAGAGCACAAUAGGAGGCCGCAAGGACAAGGACUUAGUCCUUGUCGGCAACAGUAAUCCGGUUGUGUUCCAGCAAGGCACUACCAAGCUGAGCGUGGAGAAGGACAAGACCUCAGUUGUCAGUGAUGUUGGCAUAUCCUUCACAGACCCUCGCACACAGACCACGUACUUCAGCACAGACUUUGAAAACCAUGAGUUUCAUUUGCCCAAAGGAGUCAAAGUUCUCAGUGUUAAAAAGGCUUCAACAGAAAGGAUCACCAGUAGUGCAGCAUCUGACCUGAACAUUAAAGGGGACAGCAAGGCCAUCAUUCGUGGAAACGAGGGCGUCAACAUCAUGGGUCGGACCAUAGAGUUUAAAAUGGGUGGAGGCAUCGAGCUCAGGGCUGAGAACAGCAUUGUCCUCAAUGGAUCAGUCAUGUUCAAUGCUACACGCAUCCCUAAUUCCGCAGGAGACGUAUAUUUCGAUGAAGGUCUGGAGAGGUACAAGCUCUGCAUGUGUGCAGAUGGGACUCUGUUCCGUGUGCAGGUGAAAUACCCCAACAUGGGCUGCCAGACCUCAGAUAACCCAUGUAGAAAAGCUCACUAGGAGACGUGACUGGAAUCUUCUGUCACAUCUCUCUACAAUCUGUCACCACUGAAGUCAGAUUACAAAUUUGCAUUUACAGAACAUUCAUCAUGACUUGCACAUAAUAAUACCUCUGCAGCUCACCUAACAAAUUCUGUAUUCCUCAUUUUGUUUGCCAAACAGGAGUUGUGUUACAAAUGAUUGCCAGUUGGCCAAAGAUAUGACUAUACUUGUAAGUGCUGAAGUAUUUUAUUGUUCUGCAGGUUUGCCAAUUUUAUUUAAAAUGUAUAAUGCCAUAUCAGUGCAUAACACUCCUAUAUUUAACAUUAUACUGUGGUUUUAAACUGCUCAUUGAUAGCAAUUAGAAGCUAAAGUAUUUAUUUUUUGCCUUACCGUCCAGUAUUACUAAUAUACAGACCUUGCAGAGGGGUUGUAUAAGAUUUUAUUUGCUGUUCAUUGUUUCUGGCAGCUGUGUUUAAUAUUUUCUUUAUUAUUAUGAUUCACUGACGAGCGUGAGACACUAUAGGAUUACAAUGACUUAUCUAAUAUUAAAUUUGGGAUAAACUGUAAAACACAAGAUAUAUUUUAAGCCAUCCAGUUAUUCUUAAGCAGAGUAGGUCUCUUUCUGCACAUCUUGGCCUGUCUAUAAUGCACGUGCCAAUGGAUAUACAAGGGAUGAUGUAGAAUAUAUGUAAUAUUCUAAUUUUGUUGCAAACCUUUUUUACAGCGAAAUAAUACAAUAUUGAAAAACAGAACGAGAGUGCGUGCACUAAGAUUAUGCUACAGAUGAUUAAAUGUUGGGAUUCAUGAAUCAGGAAAGUUUAAAUAAUCAGUUGCUUGGUUUGAAGCCUAUAUUGAGUGCUCUGAAUUUUGUGCAAUAUAGUAUAAAAAGAUAUGACUUUCAUUUUGCUUUGUAUUGUCUUGUCCGAUGUGGAGAGAGUGUUUUUGAUCAACUAAAAAAACAAGGCUAUCAGCCGUAUUUGAAAAGUUCUCAUUGCUAUGUUUGUUUCAAUAAAGAAACGUUACUAUGUGAAA